AAGUACCGUGCGUUGCCUAGCUUGCCAUUCCAUUGACCUCGGUGGACGACUUUGGCACAUCAAGUCUGAUUCAAGCACCAGCGCGUGGAGUUUUUCGUAUUGACUUGAGUACUGAUGUUCGACAGAUUGCCGUCUAACUACUGUUUUGUGCUACGCCAUCACUUUCCCGCUCACUAUGGCGAAUUCGGGAUCUCGGGAUUAUGGAGGUUAUCGUGACCGGGAUCAUCAUUAUGAUCGCGACGCGAAUGCUGAAGGUGGACGAGCGCUGAGCGGAAGUGAUCGACGAGAUCGCCAUGAUGACAUUCGACACGAUCGAGGUUUUCCUUCUCGAGAACAACCUCGGCAUUUCAUACCUGUCUGUGACGAAUGUGGCGAACCUGGUCAUUACAAGAACCAGUAUCCAAGGCUAGUGGGCGAAAGUACCUUUCGAAAUGUUCCACAACGAGGGCAAUCUACGUCGCCAGCGCGCUACGCUAGAAGAGAUGAACAGCGAUCAACAUCCGAGGAUCCUACACUGCGGCAACAGUUGGAACAACUUACUAGCUCACUGGCCAAUGUAAAAAGUUACAUUGAUCUUGAGCAAUCGUGCAAAGCGGGGAAAGAGCAACAAAAGUUGGAAAAAGAGAAACGGAAGCAAGCCGAGAAGGAACGCCAGCGUAGAGAGGAGGAGGAAAGACAGGCUAAAGAACAACGAACUAAGAAGAAGGAGGAGAGGAAGCGCAAAAAGCUGGAAGCAUUAGAGGCUUUGAGGAAGGACAUGAGAAUGGAGGUUCGAGUCGCCCAGACGGAGGGACUGGCUAUUAGUGAAAAGCGGAAACGUAGUGCUGAACGCACUAUUGGCAAUAGUCCUCCUAUGGUAACACCUGCCAAGCGCCCAACUAAGAGGGGAGAGCUGAAUCCGAAGCGUCUCCAGCUCAGCUGUCGGCGAAAACCACUCAAGAGAUCGCCUGCGGAUAAGAAGACGCCUUUGCGAAGUAUCCUGAAGAAGAAGAUUCCCGCUGCGCCGGGAGAAAUGGGUAAGCUACGUUAUGUCACCGACAACCUCCGUGAGUUGGGAAACCUGAACGUCGAGGAAUUGAAACUCAUCUGCCGUACGGAAGACGUACCCUUCGAGGGUAUGAAGAAGAUGGAUACUAUUUUGGCCAUCACAGAGAAACGAACACAUGUCGCCUAUGGGUCGCAGCCGGAAGCGGAGCACGCGGAGGGUGACAAUGUUGAUGAGCAUGUGGAGGAAAGCAGGACCGAAGAUGUCCAUCAGGAGUACGACGACGAUAUCGAGGAAGAUAACUGAAUAACUGAAGAUUUAUGGAGUGUGUGUAAUACUCUUGUCGACUGGCAUAAAUGUUCGUCAUUUGAUGUCACUACCGAGAAAUUGUAUAGGUGUA